UGAGGCUCAACUGAACCACCUCUCAACUUUCCCAGAUCUUAUCACACUUCUUCCACUGCCAGUCUCUGUGUUUUAGAGAGAGAAAGAGAGAUAUACAUAGAGAGAGAAACAUUCACAGAAUCCUCCGCCCCGAGUCCUAACUACUAAUGUGCAUCGCUUGAUUCUCUAUCCCUCUCUCUCUACUUCUCUCAUCAAUGGAUAGAGAAUCUUCAGACGACGAAGAAGAUCGACAUAACCUAAUCGAUCAGAACGAAAGAUUACCCAAAUCCCCACGAAAUCCAACCUUUCACAUUGAUGAAUUCAAGGACAGAAUUGCCAAUGGUCGAAGUUUUAGCAUCCCUCGUUUCAACUUCAAUAAGAGGUACCUCUUCGCCAUUUUUCUUCCACUCUUCAUUGUCAUCGUUUAUUUCACUACCGAUAUCAAAAGCAUGUUUCAAACGAGUGUUUCCAAUGUCAAAUUUGAUUAUUCCAUCAAUCGAAUGCGAGAGUCCGAAUUGCGCGCUCUGUAUUUAUUGAGACAGCAGCAAUUGGAGCUUUUCAAGCUCUGGAAUCGGACAUUUGUGCCUGAAUUGAAUUCCACAUUAGUAAACCCUACGAAUUCUACCACCAAUAAUUCGAAUUUGAAUCCUCCAUUGCAUGAUCUUGUUUCAACACCUUCCUCAUCUGCAUUGUCUGAAGAUUACAAGUCUGCGUUGCUUAAUCAGAUUUCACUGAAUAAACAAAUUCAACAAGUUCUGUUGUCGUCCCACCAAUCAGGGGAUUCAAUGGAUUUAGGGAAUAAUGCUACGGAUCCUAGUUUAGAAGGUCAUGGUGGUCUGGAUAGGUGUCGAAAGGUUGAUCAUUCGUCCGAGAGGAGAACAAUUGAGUGGAAGCCGAGAUCGAAUAAAUACUUGUUUGCAAUUUGUCUGUCAGGCCAAAUGUCGAACCAUUUGAUUUGUUUAGAGAAGCACAUGUUCUUUGCGGCUUUACUCAACCGCAUUUUAGUGAUUCCGAGCCCCAAAAUUGAUUACCAGUAUCACCGUGUGUUGGAUAUUGAUCACAUAAAUAAAUGCUUGGGAAGAAAAGUUGUUGUGACAUUUGAAGAGUUUGCGGAUUCUAGAAAGAACCAUAUACACAUAGACCGGUUUAUAUGUUAUUUUUCAUCACCUGAUCCUUGUUAUACGGACGGUGAUCAUCUUAAGAAGCUGAAGUCAUUGGGGAUCUCAAUGAAUAAGCUUGAGAGUGCUUGGGUUGAGGAUACCCACAAGCCAAAGAAAAGGACAGUUCAAGAUGUCUUGGCAAAGUUUUCUUCUGAUGAUGAUGUUAUUGCGAUUGGAGAUGUCUUCUUUGCUGCUGUGGAGCAAGAAUGGGUGAUGCAGCCAGGUGGACCUAUAGCCCACAAAUGCAAGACCCUGAUUGAGCCAAGCCAUAUUAUUAUGAUUACUGCACAGCGUUUCAUUCAAACUUUCUUGGGAGAAAAGUUCAUUGCUCUUCAUUUCCGGCGACAUGGAUUCUUGAAGUUUUGUAAUGCUAAAAAACCAAGUUGCUUUUUCCCCAUUCCUCAAAUUGCGGAGUGCAUUACUCGGGUGGUGGAAAGGGCCAAUACACCAGUUGUUUAUCUUUCAACGGAUGCUGCAGAAAGUGAAACCAAUUUACUUCAGUCGCUAAUUAUGUUAAAUGGGAAGAUUGUACCACUUGUUAAGCGACCAGCUCGUAAUUCAGCUGAAAAAUGGGAUGCUUUGCUAUACAGACAUGGCAUCGAGGGAGAUUCACAGGUGGAAGCUAUGCUGGAUAAGACAAUAUGUGCCAUGUCUUCCGUGUUCAUUGGAACCUCUGGAUCCACUUUCACUGAUGACAUUCUGCGGUUACGGAAGGACUGGGGUUCAGCAUCACUUUGUGAUGAAUACACCUGCCAGGGUGAACUGCCAAAUUUUAUCGCAGAAGAGGAAUGAAGAAGGAACACGGAGACCAUUAGUUGAUCUGCUGGCCGCUAGGAAAUUUUCGCUUCCUUGUCCUUUGUUCACCUUUCAUCCCCGAAUAGUCCAGUAAAGAUGGUUGGUUUGGUCUAAUUUCUGAUGACAUGUACCCUAGUGUAUUAUAGUAGCCUUUCUGUCCUGCUUAGAAUUUGUUUUGUAUACUUCAUUUUUUCAGCGCAUGGUCGAGUGUUUAUUUGUUAGACAGACCUGGUCUUUGUGAAUUUAGCCUCUCUGUCCUCGCUUUGCAAGCGCACACAGACACACACAUAUAUUCUAAGUGGAAUCGUUUCUUGGGAUGUAAGACGAGUUGUCAACUAGUUUAAUAGUUUGGAUCCUUAUUUUCUUGGGAA